AUGGCACAGGUCCAGCUAGACCCCUCUCUUCUCCAACAAUGCACCAACAAAACCGUGCUCAUUACGGGCGCUGCUCGGGGCAUUGGUGCCGCAACGGCCGCAUUGUUCAACUCCCAUGGAGCCAAUGUGGUCCUCGCGGAUCUCGACCGAUUCCGUGACACAGCAGAGAGUUUGAUUAACACCCAAAUGAAUCACCCUGAACGCGCGAUCUUCGUGCCUGGAAAUAUCGUCGACUGGGCCGAGCUGACCCAGUGCUUCAAAACCACUGUCACCAAGUUUGGCGGGAUCCACAUCGUCGUCGCCAAUGCAGGAAUAAUGGAGUCGCAGCCUGUACUAGACUUGGAUUCUGUGGAUGAAAAUAGCGAUCUGCGAGAGAAUGCAGAGGCAGAGAGAGUGAUAGAUGUCAAUCUGAAAGGGACUUUAAAUAACAUCAUUGAACAAGCACUCCGAUUAGCACUGCACUACAUGAAACAACACCCCGAUGCACAACAGUCCCUGAAGUCAAUUCUGCUGGUCGGCUCGACGUCAAGCUAUUUUGGUGGAACAGGGGUGACAGCGUACAUUGCUUCAAAACACGGGGUGCUGGGCCUCUUACGCGCGUCCCAGUCUGCUGCUCGCGAGCACAGUGUCCGAGUGAAUGCCAUAGCGCCAUUCUUGACUCCAACGCAUAUUACAGCUGGAUUUGCUCAACGAUGGGAUGAAGCGGGUCUGGAGAAGAAUACGCCCGAGAAAGUUGCAGACGCGAUUGCACUGGUGGCUUUGGAUAAGACGCGGCGGGGGAACUGUGUUAUGGUGGCUGGAAAAUAUCUCCGUGAACUGGAGUCAACAAGGUCUAAGCUUCUCCCAACCUGGUUGGGUGAGGAUGUUGCGGAAUUUAUGGGUCGAGCAAUGCAGUUUUUAACAAGUAUUGGAGGAUAUGUACUGCCUGGAAAGUACUGA